GACCUUAUACAACAAUGAUUUCUCCUUCUGAGUUUAGUACGUAUACCCUUCGAAGCUGAAACAACUUCUUCCGCACAAUAAUUUUAUAAAACUCCAUGUACACCAAUUGAUGUUGAGGGGUAGUAGAGAAAAUUUGAUUCUCAGUUGUUGUGACGCUAGCCUUUAGGUAUUUUUCCCUACACGUAUACAGUUUACCGUGAUUUAUACAAAUGCGCCGAACUUUCAAACGAACCGAGAACAAACGGACUUGCUUCAGCCCGCAUUUAUCUUCAAAAGACCAUUCCUAGUAAGGCCGUCAUGUGAUUGUGAUUGGCGCCGAAAGAGACUGUGAUGCUUUUUCUCUUCUCUUACGGACGCUUUGGCCAAUUUUAAGGCUUGACUGUAAUAGGCGGUAAUUACAAAAGGGUGCCUGUACAUGUAUGUGCCUUAUACUAUUCGAUUGAUAUAUCUUAAUCAUACCCCUUCACUGCAACUCUUGAGAUCCAGCACUUGGUACAAGUAUGGUUCAUAUCGAAACAAACGAGUACAUCCGUCAAGAUGAUAAUGGAGCAAUCAAAGUGAAGAGCAAUGGGGUUCUAAAGCCUUAUCUGGUGAGACGCUUUAGCGCUCCAACUUUGGUUUCUGGAAAUGUGGCAGAUAUUACCCAUUUCCUCGAUUCUGCUCAUCGUACGGAAAAAAUUGAUAUUGAGCUAGAAUAUGACGACAAUAGCAAAUUAAGCUUUAUUCCUAUCGGUAAGACCACAUUGGCUUUUCGUGGUGAUCUGAAAGUUUCCAAGAAAUUUUCGAGAGGAAUAGCUGCAACAAACGGAAGCUCAACUUUUACGGGAGGGUAUGGUAAGAGUUAUAUCAAAUUAUCUGUCCCAAGUCCGGUGUACAACUACAUCAUUAAAGGUGUAAUUGCUAAUCUCGAAAAUCGACAUAUUGGCUUAGAUCGUGAUUGGAAGGAUCGUUUUCGUAACCUUUACGCUGAAAAGAAGGAUGGCAGAACAACUUUUUGGGCAAAGAUGUAUAGCAAAAUUGCGGGAACAGAUCAAGAUGGUGAUCCGAUUCGUGAUGUGACAAGUGAGAUGAAAAGUUUGAGAGCCGAUGCUACGGGACUGGCAAGAAUUGGCAUUCGUUUGAUUCGUAUUCAUAAUCCCGCCGCAAAACAAGCACAAUGGAAUUUACGUUUUAGCAUUCAAAAGUUGGAGAAAGUUCAAUACACAAUUGUCAAGAAACAACCUUCACCGGCGAUGCAUUUUGCCUUGAUGGCUCAGUGCCAUUUUAGCGAAGAUGAUUUACCUGAAUCUCGCUUGUAGGCUAGGUAGGUGAGCCUCAAAACGAGUGCUGAAACGAUUUGAGCUCGUAGAGACAAAAUCUGAGAAUGAAAGAUGAAAAAGAUUCGCAUGUAUAGAAUGUACAAUAUAAAUCCUUAUUUCAUUAUGCUUCUGAGAUGUUGUCGUAAAAUGUUACAGAUGUGGAUUAUGCUGAUAAGGUAGGAGGAGUUGGGGUGGCGGG